UGACCAUACCAAACUACUCUAAUUACACCAUCUUUUUAUCUUUAAGCUACUACUUGUUUAAUUCCCACAUGAAAAAGUCAAUUUCAUACUUCAUAUAACACCCACCUACUCUUUCCCAUUUCUUCAGAUACACUUUAACAAUUUAUUAAUUUUAUUCUUUUUUUCUUCCUUUCUUAAUAUAAAUAUAUAUUCAUAUUCAUAUUUAUGCAUAAAUCAUUAUAUAUACCAUAAUUAAUCCCAAAUUAAAUCAUGGAAAACCCAAACAAACCCAAGAAUUUAUUUCUCAAAUUCUUACCAAAAGUUGUUAACUUUCAAAACCCUCAAUUUAGCCCUAGAAGAGAUCAUCAUCAUCAUCAUAAUUUUUCAGGUAAGCUUAAAGCCCAUGCACAUAAAGGGUUUUCUGGCCCAAUAAACUACUCUAAAUUACCCGAAGAAGCCCGAUCAAAGCCCAAUAAAGAUGGUAGUUUUGAAGCCCAUGAGCCCACUUCUCCAAAGGUAUCUUGCAUGGGGCAAAUCAAGUAUAAACAUAGAAAAAAUAAGUUAAGAAAAAUAAAUUCCAAAAGAAUUAUUACUAAUUUUGAUCAAGUGAAGAAAAAUAAAUCUCCUAUGAUGAUCAAAUUGUUUAGAAAAUCAUCAAAAGUUGAUAAAAAAUCAAAGGGUUUACAAAGUGAGGAACAUGGUAAGAUUACAAGGGGAGUUGUAGGAGAUAAUAAUAAUAAUAAUAAUAAUAAUAAUAAUAAUAAUAAUAAUAAUAAAAGGGUUUCUAAUAUGAAGCCUUGUUUGGGACAAUUGAAGAAGUUUUCUAGUGGAAGAGAAUCAUUAGCUAAUUUUGAUUGGACGGCUCAGAUUGCUCCAAUUGAUCAUGAUUAUAGAGAUUAUUAUUCUGAUGAUGAUGAAGAAAGAAGAAGAGAUAAUCUUGAUGAUGAUGAAGAUGAUGAUGAUGAGGUAAUUAUCCCGUACUCCGCACCUAUAUUACUAGGUGGAAGAUCAUAUGAUGAUCAUGAUGAUGAGGAUGUGAAGAGAAGGUCGUCAUGUUUGAAGGCAAGGAAGGAAGUUAAUCUUUGGAAGAGAAGAACUAUGGCUCCACCUCCCCCACUUUCAUUAAAUUCUAAGGCUAGAUCAUGAAUUAUGUUAUGAAUAUUAUUUAAUAAUGAUCAUAUUAUGUAUUUUAUAAUUACUACUAUAUAUUAUAAAGUUUUCAUUUUGCCUUAUAAUUUAAUUUAAUUUUUUGUAUUGGCAAGUUGUAUUUAGUUUAUUUUUUUAUGAAACUUGCAUUGUGAUUCAAGGUGGACAUAUUGAACAAUUUGGU